AUGGUUCCUGAUAAACUUACUUUCACCAUAACAACAAAUGCUAACGUGAAGGUGAAGACAAUAAAGCACAUCCAACGUAUAUGGGAACAUCUGGACACGCUUGGAGAUGAAUAUGCCCGUAUGCAAAAGUGUCCUCUGACUCGUAAUGGCGAUGAUGAUAAUGAUGCUGAUGAGGAGGAGGAUCAAGAAGAUGAGAGUGACGAUGCUCCUCCUCCAAAACUAUCAGAGUUAUUCGAGGCGCAAAGGUUGCUAGCCGAAGAUUUCAAGCGAUAUAUGUAUGAACACUUUGCAAAAGCUACCACAGCGUCUACAUGGAGGAUCCAAUCACUGGAUGAAAUUGUCAAAUCUCUCGAUUCUGUGUUCGAACUUCUCGCUGUCUCGUCCAACAAGCUACCCAAAGGAGAAGGCUUUAGGGAUUUCUCUCUUUAA